AUGGACGACAUUCCUGAUUUGGUCGAGGAACUCCCAUCUGACUUCGAGUUCAAGGAGCUGUAUUUAGCAACAGUAAAGGAUACCUCAGAAUACAACGAGCCUCCAAAAAAAGACUCCAAGAUCCCAAUCACAAUCAUCACAGGAUACUUGGGGUCCGGCAAAUCCACUCUCCUCGAAAAAAUUGGCAAAACAAGCAACAAGAGACUCGCAAUCAUCCUCAAUGAGUUUGGCGACACUGCUGCCAUUGAAAAAUCAGUGACAAUCCAGGACUCGGACAAAGAGGCUGUCGAGGAAUGGCUCGACCUUGGGAAUGGCUGUCUUUGCUGUACUGUAAAGGAUAACGGAGUUGUGGCUAUUGAGAACUUGAUCGAAAAGUCGAAGGAUCGCAUAGACUACAUCUUGCUAGAGACAACGGGUGUAGCAGAUCCUGCGCCAAUUGCACAAAUGUUCUGGCUUGAUGAAGCAUUGGCAUCAAGCGUAUACAUAGAUGGUGUAGUGACAGUCGUAGACUCGAGCAGCAUUCUCACCUGCUUGAAUGAUGUGGGUGGACAUUGGCACAAAUCAAAUAACCAUCUUUUGCUACAGAGCGGAUUCGAUGCAUCUGAUAAAGAUUUGGCCAAGGAGCAGAACUUGCUCCAGGAGGGCAUCACAACAGCUCAUCUACAGGUAGCUCUAGCAGACACCAUUCUCUUGAACAAGAUCGACAAACUAGCUUGCGAAGACGAAAUCGACACUUUGACUGAUAGACUUCGAAGCAUCAACGCAUCUAGUCCGAUCUACACAACAUUAUACGGAGACAUUGCUCUAGACAAGAUUCUUGAUCUCCAUGCAUUUGAGGCUAAAUCCGAUUCGUUAUUGACACAACUUGUUCUGCGUGACGGGAAUGUCUUUCAUGAUGAUAGUGUAAGAACUGUCACCCUCGACUUCCCGUUUUUUGAAAGCGGAGACGGAUUUGAAAGAGUGGAGGCUUUCUUACAAAAAGUUCUAUGGGAGCACACUGCAAACGACGAGACUAUAGAGACCCAUAGACUAAAAGGUAUCCUCGUACAUGGAAGCGACGUACGUAUCAUUCAGGGUGUUCGUGAUACGUAUGACAUAAUAGAGAAUGGCACCCUUCAUCCUGAUAUCUCGAGCAACAAGCUUGUUUUCAUCGGCAAACUGUUGAACCGCGAAGCAAUGGAAAUCGAAUUAAAGAAAUUCUGGGCCUAUUGA